AUAAAAGAAAUUACAAUACCCUAACUCCAUACAUACAUGACUUUGUUGAGUAAAAAAAAAAAAAUGACUUUGUCAUUGUGUCAAAAAAAGAAGUUAAAAGAGAACUUAAAACAAUUUAAAAAUUGAGAUUAAAACAUAAGCGAUAUAGAAGUUGGGAAUGGCGGUGAGUUCAAAGAAAAUUGGAAUUCCUUGGCCGGAAUUGAAUGACGGCCUUUCCUAUCACGACGUUGUUCGACCCUCCGAUGCUGGGUUGACACUGAUUCAGUUUUACUCAACCAAGUACAAAAGUUCAGCUCCCUUACAAGGUUGGUUGCAGCGUAUAAAAAGUGACCAGAUAACAGUUGAUGCAACAGUUGUUACUGAUCCAAACACAUUCCUCAGAGUCGGUUCAAAGCUAGUGUAUCAUAGACUUCCAUGGAAAGAACCCGAUGCACCGCACACAAUACAAGUCUUGUAUGAAGAUGAUGACAUUAUUGCUCUAAACAAGCCUUCUGGCUUGCAAGUUCUGCCUGGAGGUCUCUUCCAACAAAGAACAGUUUUAACACAGCUUCAAUGGGAAGCCAACAGUAAGAGUACCUUUGAAGCACACCAAAAGCCUCACCCUGUUCCAGUUCAUCGCCUAGGGAGGGGAACUUCAGGAAUUUUAUUAUGUGCAAAGACAAAACUAGCCAGAGCUCGUCUUGCAUCUUAUUUUGCUGAUGGAACAUCUCGCGUAGGAAGAAAAAGAGAAACAAACCAGGAGCUUGGGAAGAUUGCAAAGAUAUACCGAGCACUUGCGAGCGGGAUACUUGAUAAUGAUACGGUGACAGUUAAUCAACCAAUUGGAAUGGUAAAGUAUCCUGGUGUUGCUAAAGGGUUAUAUGUUGCUUCUCAAUCAGGGAAACCAGCGCUCAGUGUAGUGGACAUUCUAGAAAGGAAUGUACAAGAAAAUACUACAUUGGUCCAGGUUAAGAUUCAAUCUGGACGGCCACAUCAAAUCCGCAUUCAUCUCUCUUUCAUAGGGCAUCCUUUGUUAGGUGAUCCUCUUUAUGAUGUUGGUGGGCAGCCAAAAUGCUUGGAUUGUGACUUUCUGGAUGAGAGUUUUGCUGAAGAUGGGGGUUAUCCAAGGCCUGCUAAACCAGUUCCUGGAGAUUGUGGGUAUUAUCUGCAUGCACAUAAUUUAUCUCUCUCCCAUCCAAUAACUAAUGAGAUAAUCGAAAUUGUGGCACCCCUUCCUUCCAUCCUCCAAACAAAUGAAGAGGCUAAAGGAAUUGCUAUAGAGCAGUAGACAAAUGCUUAGAUUGUUUAAGAUGGUUUGACUAUUGAAAGAUACACUAUGCUGAUGCAGAGAGAUGUAUUUAAGAUGCCACAGGCUUGGAGGGCAAGUGACUUUUACCUCUACAACAGGUUUCCACAUAACUACCUUUUAUAAGAUUUCUUCUUCUCAUUCUUCAACAAGCCCUAAAGUUUCUACCUUCCCAAAUAUGUUUGGUUUUUUUCUCCUACCCUAAUUGAGAGGCUCUUGACAUGAGUUUUACUAAAAUAGAGGAUCUAGUAGCUUGAAUGAAAUCUGGGUUUGGUGUUAGAUGGUGAGAAAGGGAAGGACAAAACGUGGUUGUUUUCACGGAGGUGGGUUUUGUGUGCAACGGAUUUGGUAUUGAGUGCUACUGCUCUGUCUAGACAGCAGCGAAUAUAUGGCAAGAAGUGAAGCUAUGUUUCUUGUUUAUAUUUGAUUGAUGAAUCUGAAAUGAGUAAAACUGAAAGGUGAUGAAAAAAAUUAAAAAUAAAUUAGAAGCAUUGUUUUGUGUGGGCGGGCCCGUAUCUAUUCAUUCAGAUGAUUGGUGUCUUUAAUGAGGUUUACUUUUGCCACCCUAAUGAUUUAGGGUGCGCCCUACGGAUUUACCAAAAUACCUUUGUCCUCUACUUAAGUAGCGAACACCCCCAAAACACCUUAUCUUCCGCUAUUUAAGUAGUGGAAGGGUAAAAUGGAAAAGGCACAUGGGAUGCGCGAGUAACUGAUAGGGCGGCAAAAGUAAUUUCCGUCUGUUAUCCAAACUAACCGUGUACUGUUUUCAUUAGUUUGAUUCGGUUUCUUUUAUCCAUUUGGAUUAAUUUAUCGGAUUCGUUGGAAAAAAGAAAAAUUAGUAAUGUGAACGAACUUUGCCUCUUCA